CACUCAGUCGAGCUUAUGUAGUCACAGAGGGAGGUGGUCAUGCACGUUCCGUUGACUCGUGGAACCAUGUGGUGCUUCUUGUGCUCUCUUGUUGGUAAAUAAUUAAGAUUGAUUCGAGGCGGCAUUCGCUACAGUAGUAUUAUCCAAGUGUUCAUUUUUGUGAGUGUGUUUACCGGAACAUUAUCUCUGACAAAGGAUAACUGGAUGGUCAGGGAACGAACGUUGUGCAUAGAGUUCAUUGUUUUAAGUGUGUAUAGGCGAGAAUUCUUUUUCCACUGUAAGCGAAGACAAUGACAAAGUAAAAGGAAUUGAGUGAUUGGUUGAGGGCGUGGUGGUUGUAGGGUGUUGUGAGGAUGGCGAGUACCGCCAUGGGCAGCGGGGUGACCAGCGUGGAUGCCCAGCUGGUGGCCCUCCUGGACAAGCUGGAGGGCCUUCGUCAGGAGACCACCAGCCCGCCCCCCAGGCCUCCCAUGAUCGCCGAGGUGCGCACCCUGGAGCUGUGGCGGGCGGUGAUAGCAGAGUGCCUGGCCACGGUGUUCUACGUGUUCUUGGUGUGUGGCGCCUACAGCCCCUGGACGGGCAAGACCCUCACGCAGGAGGGCCAGCUCACCAUAUCCCUGGUGGCCGGCUUCGCCAUGGCUGUCCUCGUCCACAGCUUCGGCCAGGUGUCAGGAGGGCACGUGAACCCGGCGGUGACAAUAUCACUAGCUGUGACCCGGCGUGUGUCCCCCCUGAGAGCCGCCAUGUUUGUCCUGGCUCAACUGGGCGGAGGCAUUGCUGGCGCUGCGCUUCUCUACGGGGCGACGUCGUCGGGGUACACGGGCGACCUGGGGGCGACGGUGGUGUCCCAGGUGAUCUCGCCGUGGCAGGGGCUGGGCAUGGAGUUCCUGCUCACCUUCGUCGUGGUCUUCGUCUUCUUCGCCUCCGUCAACCCCUACCGCAGGAGCUUCGGCAACCCCGCCGUGGCCAUCGGCCUGGCCUACCUCGCCUGCACGCUCGUCGGGCUGCCGCUGACGGGGGCGUCGAUGAACCCUGCUCGCUCCCUGGGCCCCGCCUUUGUCAAGAACAAGUGGGACGCCCACUGGGUGUACUGGGUAGCACCUCUGCUGGGAGGCGUGACAGCUGGCCUCAUCUACGAGUACAUCUUCAACCCCCACAGACUGCCACGCUCCCGUAAGGACUCCAUUGACGGAGCAGAUUCAUCAAGUGUUGGCAGCGAUGAAGAUCCAUAUGAUGAGUGUUCGAAGCCUCCACCCCGCUAUAAUUACAAUGCUCUCCGAGCCCAACACUAUGACCAGUACCGGCCCGCCAACACCUCCAACACCACCUCCCCGCUAGGUUACCCAGCAAGCAUGUAUGGACAUACAGGAACUCCUUCUGUUUACAAUGCCUCUUCAUACAAAUACGACACUAGCUAUACCUCUAACAAAGAUGAUAUAUAUUCUGGAUCCAAGAGUUUGUAUGCCAAAUCUCCAUCCAUGCCACGCUCUACAUCUCUCAACCGUUCCCAGUCAGUUUACACCAAGCCACCACCGCCUCGCAUGGACAACUACUCCAGGAAUCUUGCUCAAUCACAGAGCCUUUGUUCCAAACCUGCUGCCAGCUUCUCUGCUCUUUCUCACACAGAGAGCAUAUACAAGAACAACCCUCGACAAGACACACUUUAUGUUACAAGUAAGUCUGGAAUUGUUAAACCAGAGCCAGUCUAUGGUACAGCAACAUACAAGCAAAAUGACUCUGGGGAUUCAAACUAUUCAACUUACCGAGGCUCUGCCAGCUACAGUUCUUCACGCUCGUCCAACCCCUGCCCACCAAUACCUAUGAGCCGUACUCGCACUGACAAUCUCACUCCUAAUUCAGUUGCCUCGGCCCACUCUGGUCAUGCCACACCAAACUCUGCAACCUUGUGCUAUUCUCCUAAUCCUCAGUAUUGAAAUAUGUACUGUAUUUUAGUGAGUGCAGGCUGUGUGUCCUAGGUAACUCAUAAACCAUGGCAUGUAUUCAAGCUAUCAGUAAGUUCUUAUACAUAUACAUGGGAUAAUCAUCAAUUUAAUAAAUGCCAAAAUUAAUUUAGGGUAUGAUAAUUUAUCAUGAGUUUUUAAAUUAAUAAGCUUAAAGACUUGACAAAACCUCAAUGUUGAAAGUGGGACUUGUAUUUUAAGAAUAUAUUAAUUAAAUUAAUAAAAUACAGCUCUAAAAUUAAAAUUUGUUAAUAAAAUCAAAGCAUCACUGCAUCAAAUUGCUGAACAAUUAUGUGCUUCCAUGAUCAUAAUUUAUAAUUAGAGUAUGAAAAGCAUACUAGCAGUGUAGGUAGUUUCAGGUGUCGGGUUCCAGUUUGGCUCUAUUUAGAAUAUCACAUCUAGGAAUAUUUGCUGGGUAUUUUCAUGGAAAAUAGAAGAUUUUGUUAAUGGCGUCUAGCAAUACAUGGUAGAGAUAUAAAUGGUAAAGUUUCCAUAUCAAUAGGUAAUUGAAUCAGUCUUGGCUUCAUAUUUAAGGAAUCUUUACAGAAGGUAAAGUUACACUGACUGCUUUCAGGAAUGGUUUUUAUAUUUGAAACUGUUUGUUAAAAGCAGUACAGAACUAGAAAGGGUAGAUAAAAUUGAAAAGAAUGAACAGGAUAUUGUUUGACUUGAAAUUAACAAUAUUUUGUAGACAGGGAAGGCAGUUUCCAAUAUCAAAGAAAAUUAAAUUCAUUUUUAUUUGCUCUAGUGCAAGGGCUUAAUUAAUAUGAAGGUACUUUUUAAUUUGCAGUAAAUACACUAACCAAAUUUCAGCAUGCCACAGAUUUCUUUAAACAUAUUUUUUUUUUUAAAGCUGUGAAUGCAUUAUGCAAUAGGCUUUUAGAUAACUUUAUUAUAGUUUGCAAAAGAGUUUUUGUGUAAAUAAAUUUUUGCUCAUAAAUUGAGCAGUAUAAAAGUAUAAUUUUUAUUUCUAUUGCAAAAUGGCAUACACAGUGUUGUUCUAUCACUUCGGUUAAGACAAAUCUUAUUUAUCAAUUUUGCUAGAUCAUCAGCUAAUCAAUAUUUACAGCAUUAUUUUAAACAAAUUCACAAGAUAAUAAUACUGCGGAGUGAUAGUUUCAUGGGUGAGCUUUAUACUGUGUAAUUCUGAUAUUAGGUUAUUAGGCUAUGUCUUCAUAUCCACAGGAGAUGCCCAUGAAACAUUACCGACUCUCUCUACACAAACUCCACAUCCUGGAGACUGUUAGAAAGAGAGUCUGGUGUUUGUUGUUUGUGAAGUGAAAGUGUUGGCGGCAAGUAUUUAACUACAGUUGUUAGUUAGCAAUUGAAGAAGAUACUUAGAGAAAUGUAAUUAUUAUUAAUUAUUUUUUUGAUGCAUUGAAUGGUCAUAGCUCAAACAAAUGUGAAGCACAAGUAAUCUCUCAUGUAAGAUGAAUAGAUUAGUGUAGUAGCCUGACUUAGAAUGACUACUGCAUUUUAUAUUACCACUAAACAGAUAGUUCAGUAAAGUUUACUAGAAGAUAUUGAUGAUAGUUUUACGAGUCUACUGUAAAUACUGGGUUCUUGUUUCGGAUGGUAAACAAAGCUUAAAUGGCUUUAUCUCGCCCAUAGGGAGAGUGGUGACCCAGUUUAAAUUGUCUGUAGCCAAGAUUAUUUGCAAUAUAUUUGAUGAUUUUAGACUUCAUUGCAGUCUUUUUCAUCUCAUUUAUAAAUGGUGUGGAUGUUACCUCAUGUAUUUUGUGUAAAAUAAGCAAUUGCUUUUGACAAGGCAGCAGUAUCUUGGUAGGUAACCACAUUAACGAAGCUGCUGUUUGACAAUUGUCUUGGAGAUGACUGGCAUUGUGUUCGGAAAACACGGCUACCGUAGUAAAAGUAUUGUACAGAAUUUAUCUUUCUGUAUGUAAUACUGAUGAGUUUGGUUAUUUCCAAGCUUAAUAGAAUUCACAUUACAGGUACCGAGUGAAAAAUAUGCCAAAAUAUUCUUAUAUAGUCCUUUUUGUCUGUUUAUUACACAUUAAAAUAUCAUACCUUGUUUUAUAUUAAUUGUAUGUAUAAAGAUGCCAUUAUGUGUUUUAUUCAGUGAAUUAGAGAAGUUCUAUCUUAUUCAGAACAAAUUUACCAUUUAUCGAUAUCCAGUUUACCUGUCCAUGGGACCAAAAUUAUUUUGCUUUGUAAAUCUUGUACAUGAAGUGGCAAGUAAUUUAUAUCAUUGUUUUGAAAGUUGCUAUUGUUUUGUUGCAUCAUUUUGUCUAUAUUGUAUUCUUCACCUUGAUAUUUAUCAAUUUGAAUAUGGUUAGAUGUUCUUCCCUUAAGUAUUUGCAUAUAAUAGGAGCUUCAUAAGCAGUUUACCCUGAAUAAAAAUAUAUUCAACCAUUUAUUUUUGUAUUAGGACAAAAAUGUCUGUACUAUAUUUCAUAAUUUGUUUUACCAAAGAAGUAAAUGUGAAAAACAUUUUAUGCAUAGUUCUAAAUGCAAAUUAAUGACUUGCUUUGAAGAGCCUUCAGAAAAAUUUAAGGCUCUAGCUUACGUUUAUUUAAAAAAUUGGCAGUUUAAAUACAAAAAAAAAGUUUGUAUGAUGUUACUAUUGAAUUAGUAAUUCUGGUUAUGAAUAAUGAUUACAAUGAAAAUGUACAACCAUUAGAUAGUGUCUAAGUUUGUAGUGUACAUAUUUCAUUCAAACAGUGUGAAAUUUUUAAUUUUCAUGGCCAAUAUUCAUAGCACAUUUAUGUGUGUACUUUCAAACCAUGUAAAUCUUUCCUCAUGCAUGUAUUUAACAGCUUAUGAGCUUGGAAGUGUUACAAGGUUCUCCAUAAUACCCACGGGUCAAGAUCGGCCUCGCAGCGUUUUGAAGCUCAAACUGUGUAAUAAAUACACACGUAAGUUGUUGUCUUCGAUGAAAGAUGUACAGAUUUUUUUAAGUGGACAUGUAAAUGCUUGAUAAAUCCUGACCCAGAAGUAGAAAUACAUUUGUUAUACAAAAUACGAAAGUUCUUGUCAUCUUACACAGACUGUAUUGGUCCAUGUUUGCGAAGUUGUAGAUGAUUAUCAGCCGUGUGAAUUGCCAGCUGUUUUAAUCAAAAUUCAAAACAAAUGGGAACUUUGUCACCACGGUCGUGUUACCAUUUGUUUUGCAUGCUGAUGUUAAAGUUCUCUGCUGUUAAAAAAUUUGGCCUUUAUUUUUCUUGCUUAUGUAUUUGAAUCAUGUUUUUUAUUUAUAAUACAAGUUAAUGAAGCUGCCAUGUACAUAACUGUGUUAUAUUUUAGUAUGAAAUAAAGAAUGAAGAAAGACAACA